AUGCUGUUGCAGGAGUCAGUUCUGGAUGUAAUGAAGGCGUGGAUCAGGGUUUCAGCAGCAGAGAAGGUGAGUGAUGGGCGGAGACGGGCGAUGUUUGAGGUGAAAGAAGGCAGUCCUGCCAAGAAGCCCGCAGCCGCCGCCAAGAAAGUUACAGCGGCCAAGAAACCGGCAGCUAAGAAGCCAGCGGCCAAGAAACCGGCAGCGGCAGCAGCCAAGAAGUCCCCGAAGAAGAAGGCACCGGCGAAGAAAGCCGUGAAAAAGCCGCUAGCGAAGAAGAGUCCCAAGAAGACCCCCGUUAAAAAGCUCAAGGCGGCCAAGAAGCCCGCUGCCAAGAAAGCUCCGCUAAAGAAAACUGCAGCCAAGAAGACCAAGAAGUGA